CAGGAAGUUGGUUCAAAGAAACACAAAGCUGAUACUGGGAGUCACGGUGUUCGACGUCGGUGGCAUCUAAAUAAUCUAAAAGCCAGAAAUAAGGCGUGAAACAUGGGGAGAUAGAGUUGAGAUUGGAAUAUGUUUCUAUGAUGUAUGUCGUCUUUACCACUUCUGGUUGGACAAGCUUAUCGGUCCGUUAUUACUGUUGAGAAACCCAAACAGUUUUCAAAAUUAUUGAUUCUCUGGAAUCAGUGCAGAGGAGAACAAUAGAUGUGUUCUUGGAUUUAGAGGAAUGUUCUACUCCAGCUGAUUGGACCUGGUCCUUACAACUCCAAACAGCUUCAAGACCUCGAGAAACUUCAUGAUCUAAAGGCCAAAGCCCAGCAGAUUAUGACCCAGUACCAGCCACAGGCUUUAACCAACCUUUCUAACUUCUCCACCACUGUGAAAGCCGAGCCCUCUGCCACCCCUCCUCUCUCCACCAGCAUGGCCAAUAGCACUGCAGCUGUGGUACCGGGCAAAGUCCCAAAUACCCAGGUACCUGGAAGACUGAGCCCCGAGGGCACACAGGUGCUUAGCAAGAAGAAGCUGCAGGACCUGGUUAGAGAGAUUGACCCCAACGAGCAGCUGGAUGAAGAUGUGGAGGAGAUGCUGCUGCAGAUUGCAGAUGAUUUCAUUGAGAGUGUAGUGACUGCCGCCUGCCAGCUCGCCCGUCAUCGCAAGUCCAACACCCUGGAGGUGAAAGAUGUGCAGCUGCACUUGGAGCGUCAGUGGAACAUGUGGAUCCCAGGCUUUGGAUCAGAUGAAAUCCGGCCCUAUAAAAAGGCCUGCACUACAGAGGCCCACAAACAGAGAAUGGCACUGAUCCGCAAAACAACCAAAAAAUAGGAAGACUUGAAGCAGCUGGAGGAAGACCUUUCAGAACUUUGUUUUUUUAUUGGGGACUGGGUUGGGGUUAUGACACAGAAGUGAAAUAAGGGUAUUGAAUCCUGACAUUUCCUACUCAUUUAAACAGUAAAUAUAUGUAAAUGUCAAGGCCUUGAUAAAUUUUAGGUGGGGUCAGUGAAUCUGCACAACCCCAUUGCAGGAGGCGAAUUGGUAACUUUUUUCUUUGUAUAAGAUCUGAAUCACUCAUCAUCAGAUGUCUUUUGAAAGCAAUGUGGUAUCUUAGGUUAACUCACAGGUUUACUGGAAGGAUCAAUCUAGUCCAGGUAUAAUGUGAAUUUUCUCUCCUUUGCAGUUACAUUUACUUUGGUGUCCUCAUUCAUACUCAUCACAGUCUCUCUUUGGCUCUUCUCUGCAGUGCUGCUGUAGGGGAUUUGGACUGGUGCUGAAAAAAUACACGUGAAUUAAUCCUAAAGAAGUUUCUUUUUGUUUAUUAAGUUUAAUUAAGUUUAUUGAAAUCCACAUAUUCCAUGUAACAUAACAAAAUAAUUAAAUAAACUCUUAAAGAAGAAGA